AUAUUUGUGAUCAAAAGUGCAGGAAUCUGCCGGGAUCCUAUGAAUGUUAUUGCGAUCAUAAAUAUUUGCUUAAAGAAGAUAAAAGAACUUGUAAAGCUGUGGGUGGAGAAGCUUUAAUGGUAUUCAGUUCCAAAUCCGAAAUAAGAGCAUAUGCCUUGGAAUCCGAGUUAUAUUUUCCGAUAGUACAAAAGUUGAAGCAAGUAGUCGGCGUUGAUUAUGACGGCCACCAUAUCUACUGGACGGAUAUUUUUGCAGAGCAUGAGAGUAUCGCACGAACCACUGAGGAUGGAUCAAAACGAGAGAUUUUGAUUACUUCCGGACUUGGUCUACCAGAAGAUUUAGCUGUUGAUUGGCUCACAGGAAAUAUUUAUUUCACGGAUGCAGAAAAGGCGCAUAUAGGCGUAUGUAACAGUCAUGGAACUCACUGUACCGUUUUGGUGAACAAAGAUGUCAAUAGACCCAGAGGACUGGUACUGAAUGUUGAAGAGGGAGACAUGUACUGGUCUGAUUGGGGAAAACCGUCCAAAAUUGCUCAUUCUCUGAUGGAUGGUUCAAAUGACAGAGCAUUCAUAUCUACAGAUAUUCAUUGGCCUAAUGGGCUAGCCCUGGAUCAAUCUAACCAAAGGCUUUAUUGGACUGAUGCUAAAAAAAUGACCCUGGAAAGCAUUCGAUUGGACGGAACGGAUAGAAGGAUUGUGUUGGAAGGGGUCGUGAAACAUCCUUAUGCCAUUGCGGUGUUCGAAAAUAAAUUGUACUGGUCAGAUUGGUCAACUCGUUCCAUCCAAACUUGCGACAAAUUUACUGGCAAAGAUCAUCACACUCUGGUUAAAGAAGAUAAGUAUAUAUAUGGAAUCAGCAUAUUCCAUUCAGCUCUCCACAGAAGACUUGAUAAUCCUUGCGCAUUGUCCUACUGUAGCGAUAUUUGCUUGCUGAAGGGAAAUACCUACAGCUGUGCCUGCCCUGAGAAUAAACUUCUGGGAAGUGACAAGCAUUCAUGUAAAGAUAUUGGACCCACAGAAACGUUGAUCGCUGGGACUCAAGAUAGUUUAGUUCAUAUAGAGCACAAAUUUUUGGGAAAACAUGAUGUCACGUAUCUGCCCAGUAUAGUUAAAAAAAUUGGUUGCUUGGCUUAUGAUAGUAUUAAUAAUUCACUACUGAUCAGCGACUUGGAGUUGAAAAAAAUCGUUAACUUGGAUUUGGAUGAUGGAAUCAAUAAAGUUCUUGAAAUUGAUGGAUUAGGAAGUAUAACAGCAAUGGAUUAUGGUAAAAAAAUUGUUACUAUUGAAUAA